AUGCAUCUGUCCGAUGGUCUUCUUUGGUCUUUCACUGUCAUUUCGUCUCCUGUUAAUCCUCCGCUGGUGUGCCGCACAGUGUUGAAGACAAUCUGUGUCAGAAUCAUGUUAUCGUUUGGCAUUCUCCUUACCUUAAUGGUUCUGAAUUCCAGUCUGGCCUUCAGCGAAGUAAAGAAAGUGAUUGUUUAUGGGGGAAGUGGAGCACUGGGUUCAGAGAGUGUGCGCUACUUCAGAGCCAAAAACUGGUGGGUUGCCUCUAUUGCUCAUAGCGUUAACGCAGAAGCCAGUGCAAAUGUUAAAGUUAAGAUGACUGAAUCCUUCACUGAGCAAGCCAAACAGGUAACAGUGGGUGUUGGUAAGCUGUUGGGUGAUGAGAAAGUUGAUGCCAUCUACUGCGUGGCUGGAGGUCAAGCAGAGGGCAAUGCCAAAGCCAACUCUCUGUACAAGUAUGCUGAUCUGAUGUGGAAGGAGAAUGUGUGGACCUCCACCAUUUGUACUCACCUAGCAACCAAAUACCUGAGAGAGGGCGGGCUGCUCACACUGUCAGGGGCCAAAGUAGCACUGGGGCCAACAGCAGAAUCUGUUAGUUUUGGAAUGGCAAAGGCAUCUGUACAUCAGCUGACCCAGAGUCUCAGUGGGCCAAACAGUGGUCUUCCACCGCGAUCUGUUGCUCUAGCAAUCCUUCCAGUGACUUUGGAUACUCCUACAAAUAGGAGGAUCAUGCCUAAUGCUGAUGUCAGUUCCUGGACACCACUAAAUCAUGUAACUCAGCUGUUCUUUAAGUGGACUGUUGGAGAAAGCAGACCAGCUUCAGGCAGUCUUGUGGAGCUUGUUACCGCUAAUGGCAGAACAGUGGCUACCCCUAUUAAAAGCCCUUAGCAUAUUAAUCAGCUGUCAGUCUCCCAAUAAAGACUUUUAAACUUA